UGCUUGCUUCCCGCAAUCGCAGCAUCUCUCGCCUUCGCUUCCAAGAAAGCCACUCCGACUCCGACGGCACGCGCUAAUGGCUUCCACGGAACACUCCACCGCCGCCACCAGCGAGAUGGACGAGGAGAAGGAGGCGCCACCGCCGCAGGAUUUGACGCUGGGAUGGGUGAGGGACGCGCUGAUUCGGCAGGAGGACUCCAUCGUCUUCGCCCUCAUCGAGAGGGCCAGGUUCCCCUACAACGCCCCCGCGUACGACCCGUGCUUGCUCCCCCAACAGGGGGGGCGUUCCCUCGUCGAGGCUUUCGCCAGAGGGGCGGAGGUUCUUCAGGCAAAGUUCGGUCGAUAUCAAAAUCCAGAAGAGGUAUCUUUCUUCCCAGAUGAUCUUCCUGCACCAUCCGGGAUUCCUUACAACUUCCCAGAGGUCUUCCAUCCAGCAUCUGCAUCUGUUACUGCAAAUAAUGCCAUCUGGAACAUGUAUUUUAAUGAUUUGCUCCCGCUAUUCACUGUCGAAGGAGAUGAUGGCAACUACACAUCGACAGCGGCAGCAGAUCUUGUGUGUUUGCAGGCCCUCUCCCGAAGAAUCCACUAUGGCAAGUAUGUUGCGGAGGUGAAGUUUAGAGAUGCUCCACAAGAUUAUAUGACAGCAAUUUGUGCGAAGGAUAGGGAUGCUUUGAUGAAGUUGUUAACGUUUGAGGCUGUCGAAGAGAUGGUCAAAAGAAGGGUGCUGAAGAAAGCCAUGGUGUUUGGGCAAACCGUAACCUUGGAGGACAAAACUUUCGAUGAUGAAACCAAGUACAAGGUGGAUCCUGCGGUCGUUGCUCGUCUCUAUGAUGAGUGGGUUAUACCCUUGACCAAGGACAUCGAAGUGGAGUACCUUCUCCGACGUCUUGAUUGAUAGUUUUUGCAUCCAAUUUCUUCUUCUGAGUGGUGUGUUUGCUGUUUUCGUUGUUUCGAAUACAGUAUAAAGGAGCCUCUUGUGAUGCUACUGAUUCCUCCAGCUCUUGAAUUCCUGAAUUCAUCUGUUUUCUUCCUCUGUUUUAUCAUCGAUUCGGUAAUGAACUUGAAAUUUAUGUAACUGAGAUAUGGAUGUGGUUUAGGCGAU